UGGGCUCUCCCGAGCCGCUCGCGCCGCCCGUUGCCCUUGGGCUGGCCGCUGUGCGGGGCCUGGUGCGCCGAGGAGCGGUUGUGUGUCCCGGUAGGUCCCCGGGCCGUGUUUCCUGUGCCCGGUCCGCUGGCAGCCGCCUUUUGCUAGGCAGCCAUGGUGAAUUUUGCCCAAGCUGUGCGUGACCACUGGAUUCACAUCCUUGUUCCCUUGGGAUUUGUGGUUGGAUGCUAUCUGGACAGAUGGAAUGAUGAGAAGUUGUCAGCCUUCCGAAACAAGAGCUUAUUGUACAAGAGAGAGCUGAGGCCCGGUGAAGAAACAACGUGGAAAUAAAGGCUGUUGAUGAACGGGGAAUGUUUUUGCUCAGUUAAUCUCAUGCAUUGAAAGAAUACGAUUAUGUUUUUUUUUUAUUUUGAGACUGUAUCAAGCUUCAGAGAAGAACACCUGCUAUUUGUCACUGCUACUUUAAUUUCCAAUAUUACUUUUUGGAAGGUGAUUUAGUUACAUAGCUAAUUUGUACCUGGGAAGCCCACAAAUGUUGAGAAAUGUCUGCCCCCAGAAGUACCACUCUGGAGAUGGGGGAGAAAAGACUUAAAGUAAUAAAGAAAAAACUAUGCAAAAAUAA